AUGAGCUACGACGCCUACCGGACGCGGCCCGGCCAACGUCGUGACUAUGGGCGACAGCAGCAGCAGCAGCAGCAGCAGCGAUCCUAUCAACUUUCCGAUGACCCGCUGAGGCAACCCAACCUACCUUACGCCAACCCUGGUGGUGCCUACGGAAGUUCGACAAGCAUGCACCCGGAAAACCCCUUCUACGGAGGCGAGAAUCACAGUCUUCAGACACUCGCUCCUGGCAACUCGGAAGGUCACGGCAUGUACUCCUACGACGAGGACCACAUCCCACUCACAGACUCUGCCGAUGAGAAGUACGGCUUCUCCCAAAACAGCCACAGCAACUACAACCUCCCAGUGCAGAGCGGCUUGCCCACUCCAACCACCUACGAAGGACCUUCGUCCUACUCCUCCGCUCUCGGUCCCGAGGACAGCGCGAGUCAGGUGGCAUGGGCCAAACGUCAACAAGCACCCAAGCGAGGUCUCACCAAGAAGGUAAAGCUCACUCGAGGCCACUGGAUUGUCGACCACCCCGUUCCCACCGCCGUCAAGAACUCGGUCGAGCCGAGAUGGGCUCAGAACAACCGCACGCAGGAGUUCACCCACAUGCGAUACACCGCCGCCACCUGCGACCCAGACGAGUUUACGCUCGAAAACGGCUGGAGCCUGCGUACUUCGCAGCAGUACGGUCGCGACACGGAACUGCUCAUCGCCAUCACCUACUACAACGAGGACCGCAUCCUGCUCGCCAGGACGCUGCACGGUGUCAUGCUCAACAUCCGUGACAUUUGCAAAAGCAAGUCGUCCAAGUUCUGGAGGAGGUCCGCCGAGGAAGGUCGUCCGGGUUGGCAGCGCAUCGUCGUCAGUCUCAUCUUCGACGGCAUCGACCCAUGCGACAAGGAGGUGCUGGAUCUGCUGGCUACCGUCGGUGUCUACCAAGACGGUGUCAUGAAGCGAAAGGUCGACGGCAAAGAUACUGUCGCCCAUCUCUUCGAGUACACUACGCAGCUCUCGGUCGAUCCCACACCUGCGCUCAUCCAACCUCACGGCGACGACGCUUCGAACCUGGUCCCCGUACAGAUGAUCUUCUGUCUCAAGCAGAAGAACAGCAAGAAGAUCAACAGCCAUCGCUGGCUCUUCAAUGCGCUCGGACGUCACCUCCAACCCGAACUGUGCGUGCUCAUCGACGCAGGUACCAAACCGGGCCACAAGUCGCUCUACUACCUGUGGGAAGCCUUCUACAACAACGCCAACCUCGGCGGUGCGUGCGGAGAGAUCCACGCCAUGAUCAAAAACGGUCGCAAGCUCGUCAACCCGCUCGUUGCAGCGCAGAACUUCGAGUACAAGAUGUCCAAUAUCCUGGACAAGCCGCUCGAGUCGACGUUCGGAUACGUGAGCGUGCUUCCCGGUGCGUUCAGCGCCUACCGCUUCCGCGCGAUCCAGGGUAGACCGCUGCAGCAGUACUUCCACGGUGACCACACGCUGGCCGACAGGCUCGGUAAGAAGGGCUUGCACGGCAUGGACAUCUUCACCAAGAACAUGUUCUUGGCAGAGGAUCGAAUCCUGUGCUUCGAACUGGUGGCGAAGGCGGGCGAUCGGUGGACACUGACCUACGUCAAGCCGAGCAAAGGUGAGACGGACGUGCCCGAAGGUGCGGCCGAGUUGAUCUCGCAACGUCGACGUUGGCUCAACGGUUCCUUUGCCGCUUCGAUCUACUCGUUGGUGCACUUCUUCCGCAUCUACAAGUCGAACCACGGCAUCAUCCGUCUGUUCUUCUUCCACAUCCAGGCGCUCUAUAACGCCAUCGUGCUCAUCUUUUCCUGGUUCGCACUGGCCAACCUUUGGUUGACGUUUUCGAUCAUCAUCGAGUUCCUCCCCGACGAGCUGUUGAAGAACUCUUCGCACACGACGCUGGUCGUCUUCCACUGGAUCAACCAGGCGGCCAAGUGGAUCUACGUUGCGUUCUUGGUUCUCCAAUUCGUUCUGGCGUUGGGAAAUAGACCGAAGGGAGAGAAGCCGACGUACAUCGCUUCGUUCAUCGUGUUUGGACUGUUGGGUCUGUACCUGAUUGUUGUUUCGCUAUGGUUGACGCUCAGGGCGUUGUUGGAGACGAGUGUGUCGGGAGACAUCUGGCAUACGCUGUUCAACCAGACGACGGGGGUAUUGAUCGCAGCGCUGGCGGCGACGUUUGGUAUUUAUCUGGUUGCGUCGAUCCUGUACGCGGAUCCUUGGCAUAUGGUUACCUCGUUCCCGCAGUACAUGAUGAUCGCACCUUCGUUCAUCAACAUCCUCAACGUGUACGCCUUCUGCAACUUGCACGACGUCAGCUGGGGUACCAAGGGAUCGGACAAAGCCGACGCACUGCCCACUGUGGACACCAAGAUAGACAAGUCCACCGAACCAGGCACGGUGGAAGAAAUUGAACGUCAUCAGGACGACAUCGACGAGACGUUCAAAGCCGUCGUCUCGCGAGCCGUUGCACCGUUCAAACCGGAGCAGGCGGUGGAGAGGCCGACGGCGGACGACAGCAACAAGACGUUCCGCACGCGCCUGGUGGCCUUCUGGCUGCUCUCCAACGGCGCGCUCACCGUGGCGAUCGAGAACGUCAACGGCCUCAACACGGGUCUCACCAACAAGGAGAUCGAGCUGGAGCAGAGUUCCAAGCAGUCGACGUACUUCAGGAUCAUUCUGUGGGCGACGUUUGGACUUUCGGCUUUCAGAUUCGUUGGAUGCCUGGUGUACUGGGUCAAGAGGAACUCGACGAGGUGCUUCCGAAAGACCUGA